UUGACGGCAGGCCUGUCCCCGCGCGCCUGGUUUGAUUUCCACCAUCUGCUUCGGAUGCUGAGUCCUUGCAUCCUCCCUUGCCCUUCCUACUUACCCUCAUCUCCGCCUUCCUGCUCUCUUCCACCCACCAUUGACAAGCAAGUAUAUGCUCUAAUUGCUCGUUCCAAGCACAUAUUUCUCUGCCUCCGCAUUCAGACCCACUCCACCUCCGAGACCUUCUACUAAUUGUUACUAUGGCAUCUCGAAAUCCCACAGAUCACAUUCGCCACGUCUCCAGUGCAUCUGGCCCCGCAGCAGCAGAUGGUCAUGUUGGAAUGACACAGAUGUCCUUGAUGUCCUCUCCAACCUCCUCCCCCAUUAAUGCCUCCUCUACUGUCAACGAACCGUCUGGUGUGGCGUUCGUGAAAGGGGGGAAGCGCAAACGGCUCAGUAAGGCUUGCGACGCCUGUCAUAAGAGUAAGCGAAGAUGCGAUGGUACCGCACCAUGUAGCAAUUGCUACUUUGCAUCCAAAGAGUGCACCUACACAGACUCUGCAGGCCGACCGGUACCAGCUCCUCGGAAUGCCCACCCAGCCCUUGGGGCUGAUCCUGCGGCGACGGACAGAGCUGCACGCCCUCAAGCGCCUUCUGGAAGUUACCGCACGCACGUCGCCGGCCGCUCAGAUCCUACUAUUGAAGCGUCUACAUCGAGAGGAGUGCGACGCCCUGCUGAAGCAGAAAAUACAAUAUCAAAGAGACCUAGGCCAGAACCAUUGGGCGUCACCAUCACAAAUCCGUUAGGGUCUGCUUCGCCCGUCGAAUCCCCUAGUAGCCCACCUUCUCCCCUUCUAGAUCCUGCGACUACGCAUGAGCUAACCAAUCUCUUCUUUACGCAUUGCAACCCUGCGCGUCUCAUCAUUCACAAACCCGCGUUUUCUGCCGCUCUGGCACAUGAACAGAUACCUUCCUACCUCGUCCUUGCCGUCUGCGCGAAUGCAGCACCACAUUCGAAAGAACUGGGGGCGAAAGCACAGAUGCCUCGUUUGGCCGGAGUCCAGUUCUUCCAAGCAGCCGUUUCCAUAAUGUUCGAUUCGUCCUUCCGGCUCCUCGCAGAACCCAAUUUGUACACUGCCCAAGCGCUUUGCCUCCUCGAAAUGCACGAGGUAGCCGCAAGUCACGCAUGGACAAAGCACUAUCGGUAUUUUGAUCUAGCGCUGCAGAUCUUGGAAGAAAGCUUGGAUAUUGCCAAUCCUGAUCAAGACCAACGAAGUCCGGCUUCUGGUCCAGCGGAUAGAUCGCGUAGCAUUCAGAGGGAAUGUACGAGACGGUGCUUCUGGUUGAUUCAGCUCAUGAGCUGGAUCAAUGGCAUCUACACCUUCCGAGCCAUGCGUCCCAGAUGCGUGGAGCUCAUGCGUCAAGUGCGCUUGCCUUGUGACGAAACGAGCUUCGAGUUGGCAGUCGAAAACCAGGGACCGGAAUUCAUGCACACGCCCGGGCCUCGUACCAAGUACGCAUCGCAAUUUGGCCAUUUGUGCCGUGUGCUCUCGAUGUAUCAGACAUUUGAGACUGCACUGGCCAACAAAGAAGGCGCCGAAUUGCAGUAUGCCGUUGCAGAAGGCAAACGAGCCGUAGACAUCUGGACCAAUUCUUUGCCUGAUCAUCUUCGCUUCACCGAAGAGAACCUCGAUAAACAAUUGGAGAUGUUCGAAACCAGUUCAAACACGGGUGCAUGGUGCUUCUGCUUCAUGCACGUCUUGCAUCCAUGUUUGGUCCUAUCUUUAGUCGAGACGGAAGGUGGGAGCCAGCGGGAAGAAUCCAUUGAUUGGGUUCGUAACCAACUUAAAUUGAUAUUCGCUGCUAUCGGCCAUCGUGCAAAAAAUACUAUUCUCUGUGCGUGGUUGUGUUCCUAUGUAACUGGGCGACUCACUGACGAGCUUUUAUUAUUUUCUAGCGGCUUGUGCGCUCUGGUCAUACAGUAAAUACCAACCAAAUGAUCCUCAACUCAUGAAAUGGGACGACGAUUUUGAGAAGAUCUGGGGUUUCCGCGUUUGUGUCGUUGCAGACCAAUGGCGGAAAGCCCAAGCGAAACAGCGGGAACAACUCGGCCGAACAUAUCCUGUUGAAAGCGCUUCUCAUCAAAGCGACAGUCCGCCUGCGUGCGCCGUGGCAGACUCCUCAUCGUCACCAUCCACAUCUACAAAUAGCUCGCCUAGGGAACCAGAUGCGCAAUACCCAUUUGCGACGAACGAUCCUAGGGCGGUGGUUGUUGCCGCUCCAGAUGAACAUAUCCAAGUACGCGGCUACUCGAAUGAAUCGCUGCCGGUGCUCGAGAGAGAUCUUCGGGGAACGACUUCUUUACCCAGCUUGCGAACCAUGGGUUUGGACAAGUCGUGGAACCCACCGACAGACGCGAUGCAGCACAUCUCGGUCGCGCAUGAUGGUAUACGCCCUCCAUAUCCUUCCCAUGCUCCACAUACUUCACAUGCUCCAUAUCCUUCAUAUCCUUCACAUCAUGUACAACAUACGGUUCCGAGUCACAAUCAGAUUCAGAGACAAGACGAUGGCAGGGUACCGUGGUCCCAACAACCUCCGUUGCAGCCUACGAUAGCUACACAAACUGGCGUUCGUCCGACGGGUGGGAUGCCUAGGGGCCUUUCGUGGCUAGACAGCGAAUAAGUUGAGGUUGGGGACACGAUACUGAUUUUUCUUCUAAUCGUCCUUUUGGUUUGAGUGCUGUAUGUUAGAUAAUGGGGGCCGAACGGUUAUAAUCUUUUUCCGAAUUCAUCUCAAGAAUAUGUUCCCUUUUUUUUUUCCUCAUUCAAUUACGCGGCAUGGCUGGCCGCUUGUUAUCCUCGUGCUUCGUUCCAAUGUUGUACAUCUAUAUGUAUGCAUUGUCCAUUAUUUGAGUCGAUUGGUUGGCUCACUCAAACUCAUUCAUGUUAUGAAUAUCCAGUCGACCGGCCCAACAUCGCGAGAUAGCAUGAGUAUAACUUGAAUGUGCUCGAUCGCGCGACAUCGUACAUAUAGGUCCACCAAAACCCCUAUCUUGAUUCCCAAAGAACAAGUUGACAACGGAUCAGAACCAAACUGAUGAGGUUUCUUCCAAUAGAGUCUUCAGUAGCUAUAUGUAUUGUGCCAGUAGAAUCAGAGCGCCUCUACAGAACGCGAGCGAAUAUCAGACUAAAAUACAACU